CUGAGAUCAUGCACACCAAGGAAAACUCAUGCUGCUGUUCGUUUGAUGACUGUAAACUGACUACAGAAUGGCUGCUGAGCAUGACGAGACACAGGCCGAAGAUCGCCAUCGUGUGCGGCUCGGGUCUGGGGCUCCUCGCCGAGACCGCCUCUAACAAACAGGACGUCCGCUAUGAGGAUAUUCCUAAUUUCCCAGUGAGCACAGUUCCUGGUCAUGAGGGGCGUCUUGUAUUUGGUCACAUCAAAGGCAAGUCCUGUGUCUUCAUGCAAGGAAGGUUUCAUCUCUACGAGGGUUACUCAUUGUGCAAGGUCACAUUCCCUGUUCGAAUCUUCAAGCUGAUGGGCGUGGAGACCAUUAUCGUGACAAAUGCCUCUGGAGGUCUUUGUCAGGAUUUUAAAGUGGGAGACAUCAUGGUUAUUAAGGAUCAUAUUAACUUGCCGGGGUUUGCUGGACAGCACCCGCUGUGUGGGCCCAAUGAUGAACGGUUUGGGAUCCGGUUUCCCUGUAUGUCUGAUGCUUACAGCAAAGCCCUGAGGAAGCUUGCUCUAGACAUCACGACCGAGCUGGGCUACUCCAAUUUUGUGCACGAGGGGGUCUACUGUAUGGUUAGCGGACCCAACUUUGAGACCAUCGCUGAGGCACGCAUGUUACAGAUUUUGGGGAGCGAUUCUGUAGGCAUGAGCACGGUACCUGAGGUGACUGUAGCCAAGCACUGUGGACUGAGGGUCCUGGGCCUUUCGCUCAUCACCAAUAAGGUUUCUCUGGACUACAGCCGGGAGGAGAAGGUCAAUCACGAAGAAGUACUGCAGAUCAGCAAGAUGAGGGCUGAGAUGCUUAAGAACGUGCUCAUCACUUUCAUCGCUCGCUGUCAUCAAGUGGAGACCAUCAAUACCAACUACCCCAAUGCUGUGUAGUG